AGAUUGUCAAAACGGUGAAGACAUUCUCCGGUAUAUUUAUAUUUUUUGUUUAAUCACCGCAACCAAAGAAGGCCCGCGUCUGUGCCAAUCUAAGGAAGAAUAAGGGUUCAUUCCGCGUUCUCUCCUCUCCCCUCCUUUCUCUGUCUCUCUUAAUCGAGCGAGCGAGCGAGCUAGCGAGCGGCCGAAGGGAUUAAAUAAAGAGAAGCCCUGCCAGAAAGGCGCCUCCGAGCCCCGCGCUCUCAGAUCCGGCCGCGGCGAUGCCCUCCGACGCCCGAUUUCUGCUUUCUCUUCUCGCCCUUCUCCUUCUCGUCGCCGGCGCCGCCGCCUCCGAGUACGAUCACAAGUACAAAGCUGAUGACCCUGUUGCACUCUGGGUAAACAAGGUUGGCCCCUAUAAUAAUCCUCAGGAAACAUACAAUUAUUACAGCCUUCCAUUUUGCCAGCCAUCUGAAAACCCUGCUCACAAGUGGGGUGGGCUUGGAGAAGUUCUGGGCGGAAAUGAACUGAUAGACAGCCAAAUAGACAUAAAGUUUCAAAAAAAUGUUGACAAGGGCUCCAUUUGUAUGCUUGAGCUUGAUGCUGCAAAGGUGAAGCAUUUCACAGAUGCAAUAGUUAACUCAUAUUGGUUUGAGUUCUUCAUUGAUGAUCUACCUUUGUGGGGCUUUGUUGGAGAGACUGACAAAAACAAUGAAAAUAAACAUUUUCUUUUCACGCACAAGAAUAUUGUUGUUAGAUACAACAACAAUCAGAUAAUUCAUGUCAAUCUCACUCAAGAAAGUCCAAAACUUCUGGAAGCUGGGAAGACAUUAGACAUGACUUACUCAGUAAAAUGGUUGCCAACAAAUGUGACAUUUGCACGUCGUUUUGAUGUUUACUUGGAUUACCCUUUCUUUGAGCACCAGAUUCAUUGGUUCUCCAUUUUCAACUCUUUUAUGAUGGUUAUUUUCCUCACUGGCUUGGUGUCCAUGAUAUUGAUGCGAACUCUCAGAAAUGAUUAUGCAAAGUAUGCUCGUGAAGAUGAUGAUCUGGAGACUCUGGAAAGAGAUGUGAGUGAAGAAUCUGGAUGGAAGCUUGUUCAUGGCGAUGUCUUUCGGCCUCCUUGCAGUUUGGCUCUUCUUUCAGCUGUUGUUGGUACUGGUGCCCAGCUGGCAAUUCUUGUUCUUCUGGUAAUCGUGUUGGCAAUCAUUGGAAUGUUGUACAUUGGGCGAGGAGCUAUCGUCACGACUUUCAUUGUGUGCUAUGCUCUCACAUCAUUCAUUUCAGGCUAUGUCAGUGGUGGACUUUACUCACGGAAUGGCGGUAAAAACUGGAUAAAGGCAAUGAUCCUCACAGCAUCACUGUUUCCAUUUAUGUGCUUUGGGAUUGGCUUCAUACUUAAUACAAUUGCUAUAUUCUAUGGAUCACUAGCAGCUAUACCAUUUGGGACAAUGGUGGUUGUGUUCAUACUUUGGGCUUUCAUCUCCUUUCCUCUCGCACUUUUAGGUACUGUUGUGGGUAGAAACUGGAGCGGCUCCCCGAAUAAUCCAUGCCGUGUGAAGACCAUUCCUCGUCCUAUUCCAGAGAAGAAAUGGUAUCUUACACCUUCUGUUGUCUCACUCAUGGGAGGGCUGCUUCCUUUUGGCAGCAUAUUCAUUGAGAUGUAUUUUGUCUUCACGUCCUUCUGGAACUACAAGGUUUACUAUGUCUAUGGCUUUAUGUUGCUGGUAUUCCUGAUCCUCAUAAUUGUCACAGUAUGUGUGACCAUUGUGGGAACAUAUUUCUUGCUAAAUGCGGAGAACUAUCACUGGCAGUGGACUUCUUUCUUUUCUGCAGCUUCAACUGCUGUCUAUGUGUACCUCUACUCUAUAUACUACUAUCAUGUGAAGACCAAAAUGUCGGGCUUUUUCCAGACUAGCUUCUAUUUUGGCUACACUCUAAUGUUUUGUCUUGGUCUAGGAAUACUUUGUGGUGCUGUGGGCUAUCUGGGGUCUACGAUGUUUGUUAGAAGAAUUUACAGAAACAUCAAAUGUGACUAGAACCAGCCAAAUUCCCAAGACUAAGAGUGUACGCCGCGAUGCUUUGUUGAGGCAGCAGCAUUUGGGGAGUUUAAAGUUGGAUCGGCUACAGAAUCUGAUAAUGCUUGGUGAAACUGCAAGGGAGGGCUGUGCGUUCUUCUCUUACUUUUUCUCCAGUUGUUUCCGUUCUGAUCUCUGGACUCGGAUGGCUUUGCAUUUUUUCCCAUGCUGUAGGCAAUAGCCUCCAUAUACUUAAUUAAUACAGGAUAAAUUUAAUUUAGUUGGAAGCAUAUUCGACCUCUUUUUUAAUCUUGUUUGGUGUUAACAUGAACCCAAAGCAGUGUAAUCCUCUGCUAAUGGAUACACAUGUACCAGUCUCUUUUCCCUAUUUGUCCCUAUCAUUUCUUAUGUCAUCUGAUUAAUGUUUCUGUUGUUGCUUCUUGAAAUAUUUAGAACUGUUCAAUUCAUUUGUAGUAUGGAAGUUAUUUUUGUCA